CCCCUCCUCCCGCCCGUCAAGAACCCUUCCGCACCCGCCAACAACCCCCGCCACUCCGUCGCCACCGCUCUCAAGAUCACCGACGCAUCUCUAAUCUGAGAGGGAGAACAGCCAAAGAUGAUGCAUUUCCCCAGGCGGGCAGGGAGGUCGGUGAUCCAUUUCUUGGGUGGGGGUUUGGGGAUUUGUUGGUCGAGGGAAGUGAUAAUGGGGGAUUUGCUGUGGUGAUGGGUGGUGAGGAAAGGGGAUGUUGAGAUGCGGCGGGUGGUGCUGGUGGUGGUUCUUUGUAGGUGUUGGGUGAUGGUGCGGGUGAGAAGAUACCGGCCGGAGUGUGGGAUAACGGGGAGAGUUGGCGGCAUGGUUGCGUUGCGAUGACUGCGAUAACGGAGCAGCAGUUAAGGGACGUGUGAGAGGAAUCAGAAACGGCAAGUAGAGGUAAGUUUGAGCAGGAUGAGAAUGCGAAACUCAAUUCAUGAUGUGAUCAAUAAUCAAGAUGCUGUAAGUGAGCGGAGCGGAGCCAAGGAAUGGGAGUUGGUUCGGUUGACGUUCAAUCCGGUGAUCCGGGCCUCGGCCUGGCCGUCGUCGUCAAUCGGUAGAUCGAGCCCGUCAUUCUCGGCAGCGGGGUUAGCCGGGGUGGGGCUCCGCUACCUAACAGAUGGGAUGAUGGGCACUUGGGCCGAUUGCGUCCAGAGAACUGGGAAUACCAAGAAGACCUGGGCCGCUCGGGAGUGUGGUCAUAUUUCCAAUGGGAAAUCCAGCAAUUGUUUGUAUGGCAAGCCAUCGUCAGUGUUGGAUUCGCAAUGGCAGUCUGACGACGACGACGGUUUGUUGAAAGGUUAUGUUUGGCGCAUGGAAAGGCUGUUCAAGUUCAGGGUCCUCGCGUUUGAGAACAGGAUGUUGAAGCAAUCGGUCAGUCAGUCGAUCGGUUCCUUCCAGUCUCACCAUAUAAUUUUGCCAGGCUUGACGGGACCAGAUGUUCCGCAUGUCACACAUGUCGAUGCGGGUUAUCGAGGUUCGAACCUGCCGUCACUUGCCGCGCUGCGAGAUUUCCAAUUGAGGCACAUCCGUUUGUGCCUUUUCACAGGAUUCUGUACCCCCUCAAUUCAGUUUCUCGCAAGAUACCUACAACAUCAUGAUAGUCAUGAGACAAGGGGAUUUGGAGGAGAGAGGACCAGCCUUCUCCUCUCUGUCCGAACCAACACCGUGCUCUGACCUUAACCAAGAAAGAAGUUCAAUGAUCAGGC